CUUUCCAUCGACAAGCACGCGUCACAAAACAUGACAAACUAACAAAAUCGGACGUAAAUAUAGUGAAAAAUGAAAGUGAACUUCAUGUGACCGGCAACAUGUUAGCGUUCGCUUUGAAAGUGUUUUUAUUAACUUCGAUCGCAAGUAGUGAGCGAACCCGCGCGCUAAGUUAUCCGCGUAUGCCGAUGUUUGUGCCAAAACGCGUACCGCGCGUAUUAUUUAUCGAUGACGACGAUUUUGGCCGCGGCGAAAUCGAUUUAACGGAGAAACGCUAUCCGAAAAUCGAUUUUCAACCAGACUACAAAGGAAACGAUCGAUUGUAUUCGAUUCCAACGUUUUACCAAGGGAGAUUCAGUCGGCCAUACGCCCCGAGUUUCGCCUUCGAACCUAUCCAAAUUGCCCCACCGAGGAAUGGGUUUUACCCCCCCGCAAGUGGUUGGAGGGCUCGCUCCCCCCGUGUUGUGUUCCCAUACAACCCAGAUACGAGCAAUUCGAUAAACACAAACUCACACACCGCGCCGAGUAUAGACAAUGUUGUGUUUCGUGAACCAAGUAUAGAUGCGAACGACGUUGCAGCCGAGGAUCAGUUGCAGGACAUAAGUGGAGACGCUUUCUCCGAGAGAGAUGCCAACGUACCACAUCGAGCUCACAAACGAAUCGGCGAAUGGAAAAAAUAUUACCAAAAAAAACCAAUUGUUAUCAGAAAACCGAUGUUCAUACAAAAAGAGGCAACGAAAAGAAAUUCUAUAGAAUACUCAAACGCGACAGUACCAGAAUUCAAACCGAUAUCUGAUGCUCAAAUAACGAAAAUAAACGAAAUAAUGAAAGAUAUACUCAGUACAAAGCCUACCAAUUAUCGAAGAGGCAAGCUUAUUGAUAGCGAAACGAGCGAGACAAGAGAUACAAUAACGAAAUCGCCAGAGAAAGACAGAAAGUACGAUGAUGGCUGUCCUCAAGGAGGAACUUGCGAAUUUUUUGUAUCCUGUUGGAUGAAAGGUGGACUGUUAGAGGGUUCCUGUGGCGGGUUGCUAAAGAGUUGUUGUCACAGAGUAGCUAAAUCUGGUAUACUUGGAGUACAAGAUUCGAAUAGCAUUGAAUCGCCUUUCGAAGGAUUCAGUUAUGGCCCAGUCAUAAAUGAUGACAGUUGUGGUGUGGCAACCAGCAAGCAGACAGCCCAGCGAAGAAUCGUUGGCGGUGAUGACGCUGGCUUCGGGACGUUUCCAUGGCAAGCAUAUAUUCGAAUCGGAUCCUCCAGAUGUGGCGGGUCCCUAAUAUCCCGUCGUCAUGUGGUCACGGCGGGUCACUGUGUUGCGCGCGCGCAACCGCGUCACGUGCGAGUGACAUUAGGAGAUUACGUUAUCAACUCAGCCGCAGAGCCCUUGCCCGCUUACACCUUUGGAGUUAGGACUAUUAAGGUGCACCCACUGUUCAAGUUUACUCCUCAAGCGGACCGAUUUGAUGUCGCAGUACUCACAUUGGACAGAAAUGUUCAUUACAUGCCUCAUAUUGCCCCAAUAUGCCUACCAGAAAGAGGCUCUGACUUUCUGGGUCAGUACGGGUGGGCGGCCGGCUGGGGAGCCCUAAGUCCCGGCUCGAGGCUCCGUCCCCGGACCUUGCAGGCUGUUGACGUUCCUGUACUAGAUAAUAGAGUUUGUGAACGCUGGCAUAGAGCUAAUGGUAUAAACGUAGUAAUAUACCCAGAAAUGCUUUGCGCGGGAUACCGUGGAGGGGGAAAAGACAGCUGUCAAGGUGACAGCGGCGGGCCAUUAAUGUUAGAACGCGCGGGAAGAUGGUAUUUAAUUGGCGUGGUUUCCGCCGGAUAUUCUUGCGCGAGUCGCGGUCAACCUGGAAUUUACCACAGAGUAGCGCACACUGUAGAUUGGAUAUCACACGCUACUACGCUGGCGUAGUCUAUGGAUUAAAUAUAAUCGUUGGACUAUUUUAAAAGCAAUCCCAAGAUUUACUAUCACAUACAUAUUGCUUUUGCGGAGUUUAAACCCAUAGACCCAGCUGUACCACAGAAAGCUAACUAAAGUCUUAAAACGGUGAACAUAUGCGACUUCUAUGUCCUAUUUUAUAAUGCUAUGUUUGACUAUGAUUUUGAAGGACAUUUCUAUGUAAUUCUUUUUUUUACUAUGGUAUGCGUAAUUAUCGAAUAUUGGGUCCAAGAUAAAGAAGAUUCUUCACUCCUUCACUCAGUUAAUUGGUUAUAGAUCUGAGAGUUCAGAAGCAGCUAACACUUGAAUAUAGAAAAUUUUAAAUAAAUUUUUGAUCCCAUUUACACUUUUUACAUGUCGUAAUUAAUAAUUUAUAAAUAAUAAAAUUGCAACUACAGAAUAACGUCACAUUUUUAACGACUAUUUUGGCUUAAUCUAUGUUACCAUAACUUUGAAAAGAUGAAAGCCAAUACACGUUCUUUUAGUUUUCUUUGAUUUACUCAAAAAUACUCUUAAAUUAAUUUUUAUGUGAUAGAAUAUUAUAAUAAGUUGUAUAUAGUUUACAGUGUAAAUAUUUUGCAGUCAUGUUUCAUAAUUUACAGAGAUCCUUAAAAUAUAACCGCUAUGGAUAAUAGUUUCUAUCGAAUCGCUUCUAAUGAGCUUUAACUUAUUAAUUUAUUAUUAACCUAUCUGCAGAUCCGGGCGUCUUUUUUUCUAGAAAUUUCUACAAUUUCGUGAGACAAAAAUGCUAAAAAAAAGUAAUUCAAGCGACUCUGCCCAAAAUUAUUUUAUAGAACAGUUGACUACACAUUGUUGUCAUGUCAUGUCAACUGUCAAAUCAUGAAGGUUUUGAUUGACCACCUAAUGUCAUAUAAAUCACUAAUAUUAUUCAGAGAGGCGCUGUAAGAUUUUUGUGAUCUUAAAUAUCGGAGAUUAGCCCUGCUGAGUGAAUCUUAACUUAAAUUGGUUCAGUCUUCAUUUUAUAGCGGCUAUUUUUUGCAUUAUCUGUAAAUGUCACACCCAUAUAGGGAAAUACAAAGAUCGAUUAUUUUUAUGUUUAAGUUGAAUACAAGUUUUCAUACGAAUAGUGUGCUUUAAUAAAUUAUUUACAUUCGGAGUUAGUGCUAUUUUUAACUUUUGUAGUUAGACUUAAGAUUAUCAAUAACUAUUUAA